GCCAGGCCAACCAACCGAUGCUUACCCUGCACCCCUUUUCCAGGGGUGAACGCUCGCGAACCUAGGUUGUUUGGGAUGAGGAGGCGAGAGGGGGGAGGGAGGGGAAAGUCUCACACCUCCUCCAAAACUCGCAAAACUUUGAUUGUUCUUUUUCGUUGACGGUUAGCACUACUACUGCUGCUACUUUUGUUUGUGUAUUGCGAUUCGGAUAUCAGCCUGUCAUCUCUUUGCCCUCCUGUCCCGCUCUCGCCUUUGGGAAUCUGCAUGUGAUUCAAAUAGAGUGCCUUCCCCGUCUGCCAUCCUCCUUGGCCUUUUGACAUGUUUUGAGUUGUGCGUAUGUGUGUAUGACACCGAGCACAUACAUACUUAUACACCACUAUACGGCUUUCACGACUGUCUCUCCGUCUGAUUGACUGACUCGGAGGCACAGCGUUUGGUUGUACAACCUUCAGAGACACGCACAGGAAGAGUCAGGCCGUUGCCGCCGUCGUCUUGAGCUUGGCAAGGAUCCGAGAUCCAAGCGAGGGACAGACAUUGAGGCUCCCCGUCGUCCAGGUCGUGGAAUUGGGCAUCGUCGGCCGCCCUCACCGCUGCAGCCUGCCUGCGACGAGCUUGAAGGGCAAUCAAGGUCCACGGCCCACGCUCGCUCUACGCUACACGCUCCACGCUCCACACCUCAUCCAAGGCAAACCCACGUCCCUGGCGGGCAUUUGCUAGCGCCUGCGGCAGCUGGUCCCACCCUGACAGCCUGAGAGGCCACUCCCCCCUUUCCCCUCCAUCCUCAAAGUGGAAAGACCCUCCCUUUUCCGACCACACUGACUCCCUUGGCCACACGCGACCAAUACCAGCCAAGAGUCCCGAGGUCCCAGCGGCCGGUUCAAUUUCCACCGUAAUACAAUACGUUGCAGUCAGUCCCGUUCCUGUCCUUGAAUCGCCGCAAUGGACAACCAGGGGAACCGCCUGUACCUCAACAUUGCCAACAACGGCGCCAACACAUCCUCGAGGCCCGACCGAGCUGCCUACCCUACCACUCCCUCCACUUUCCCACAGCCCGUCUACCCCCCCACCGCAAACCAGCAGGCCGCCUCCAGUGCCUCUGGCAUGCAACAGCAGCAGCAGCAGCAGCCUUACGGUUACGCUCCCCAGGGCUACUUCAACCCCGGCCAGCAGCAGCAGCAACAACAACAACAGCAGCAGCAGCAGCAGUACCAGCCCGCCUACCAAGGUCAACCAAUGCCUACCCACCACCAGGACUUUGCCCAGGCCUAUGGCCAAGGCCGAUCCAACACCCCAGGUGCUAGCAAUGACCCAAACACCGGCCUCGCUCACCAGUUCUCCCACCAGAACCUCGGCGGUGCUGCGAGAUCAGGCGGCUAUGGCUCGAGGGGUCCCUCGCCUGCCGGUGCCCAGCGCCCGCGCACCGCUGGUGGUUCCGGCCAGGCCCAGAACUAUAGCUAUCUGAACGCCCCCAUGCCCUCCCAGGCCGGCUCCAAGGCCGGCAUCUCUGGCGAUUUCGAGGUUGCUCCUGAGCGCAACCCCGACAAGUUUGGCCCCAAUGCGAACAACAACCAGAAGAAGUGCUCCCAGCUCGCCGCAGACUUCUUCAAGGACAGCGUGAAGCGCGCCAGGGAGCGCAACCAGAGGCAGAGCGAGAUGGAGCAGAAGCUGUCCGAGCCGAACCAGUCGCCCGCCCGCAGGGAACAGAUCUGGGCCACUGGUGGCCGCCGCGAGGGCUCCUACCUGCGUUUCCUCCGAACCAAGGACAAGCCCGAGAACUACAACACGAUCAAGAUCAUCGGCAAGGGAGCUUUCGGCGAGGUCAAGCUGGUGCAGAAGAAGGCAGACGGCAAGGUUUAUGCCAUGAAGUCCCUGAUCAAGACGGAAAUGUUCAAGAAGGACCAGCUGGCACACGUCCGAGCCGAGAGAGAUAUCCUUGCCGAGAGCGACAGCCCCUGGGUGGUGAAACUGUUCACCACCUUCCAAGACGCCCACUUCUUAUAUAUGCUGAUGGAGUUCUUGCCCGGUGGUGAUCUGAUGACCAUGCUGAUCAAGUACGAGAUCUUCUCAGAGGAUAUCACACGUUUCUACAUUGCCGAGAUCGUCCUCGCCAUCGAUGCCGUUCACAAGUUGGGCUUCAUUCACAGAGAUAUCAAGCCCGACAACAUCCUGCUCGACCGCGGUGGCCACGUCAAGCUGACCGACUUUGGCUUGUCGACCGGUUUCCACAAGCUUCAUGACAACAACUACUACCAACAGCUCCUACAGGGCAAGUCGAACCGGCCCCGUGACCGUAACUCGGUGGCCAUCGAUCAGAUCAAUCUGACCGUAUCCAACCGUGCGCAAAUCAACGACUGGCGACGGAGUCGAAGGUUAAUGGCUUACUCCACCGUCGGAACGCCUGAUUACAUUGCCCCCGAAAUCUUCACUGGCCACGGCUACAGCUUCGACUGCGAUUGGUGGAGUUUGGGAACUAUCAUGUUCGAGUGCUUGGUCGGCUGGCCUCCUUUCUGUGCCGAGGACAGCCAUGACACGUACCGCAAGAUCGUCAACUGGAGACAAAGCUUGUACUUCCCUGACGACAUCACCUUGGGCGCAGAGGCGGAGAACUUGAUUCGGAGCCUGAUCUGUAACACCGAGAACCGCUUGGGUCGCGGCGGUGCUCACGAGAUCAAGAGCCACGCCUUCUUCCGUGGCGUUGAAUUCGACUCGCUGAGGCGGAUUCGCGCUCCAUUCGAGCCACGCCUAACGAGCAACAUCGAUACAACAUACUUCCCUACGGACGAGAUUGACCAGACCGACAACGCGACCCUGCUCAAGGCCCAGCAAGUCCAGGCCGCCAAGGCCGUGGGCGUUGUAGAGGAGAGCCCAGAGAUGAGCCUACCUUUCAUUGGAUAUACAUUCAAGAGAUUCGACAACAAUUUCCGAUAAACCACAAGAGAUACAAUACUGCAUGCGUAGGGCGCGAGUCUGUUGAGACCACUGGGCCGUGCGUUGUGCAACAGACAUUGCGGUACUACUGCCACUUCACGUGCUUUUGACUGUGGAUGCAUCUCGUUCUCUGAGAGGGAACGGGCGAGCCAUUGGCGAUUACCCGAGUGCGAAGAUGACGGGCUGGAAAUCGACCUUCCUUUCGACGCGAGCCACGCGGGCAAUCCCUGGCUCUUUGACUUUUGGAUCGGACAGGCUCCGCACCAGCCUCCCCACAGGCCUGGGCAAGAGCUGAAGACUUGAGGAUGCGAGCAUCAUCAGCAUGACAAUUGAAGAGAAAAGGACAAAUACGCAGGCCAGGCGUUGUUGGUUCAGUCUAUUUUUCUUUUGAGCUUGUUGUACGUCAGGCUAUGCUAGACAACAUAUCGAAAUGAUAGACGGGCGGAUGGUCUGAUGCCUGAAUAAAAAUCUGCAUAAGAGGGGUAUCUUGAUAUCUCAUGCAAUAUCAUCAAAUUUGGUUGGGGUAUUACUGGCACUUUUUGCCCUUAUCCCUCUGGCUGGAGGCAUUCCACUUGACCUUCUGAGAAUUCCUUCUCCCCUGUGUGGCAGCCUUUGUUAUGAUGCUUGAGUGAUUCUGUGAAAGCACAGUCCCUGAUUCAUGUCAGUGAGACUGUUCUCUGGUAUGGUCUCAACCUCCCCUUACGCUUUUCCCUUGCCCCUGCACCCAACUUCUUGGAGUCUCCACAAUGCCCUCUGCCAUCCUCAAGCAUGAGCCAAGGCCACAAUCCCUUUCUCAGCAUCCACUUCUGUGGCAAUAUCAAUGCAUAUAGCCCGGUGUAUCGCACCACAUCGGCAACUCUCAGUGAUCUGCCAACAGGCAUCCCACGCGUUUUCCUCAUCCGCCUAUCGGCGGCCCCCGAGGCCUGGCGCAGCAUUGAACCUCUCCUCUCGCUCCGUCAUGAACAUGAUCUGGACCCAGUACUCCUUGGAGUCAGGGUCCCAGAACUCAAACUGCUUGUCGUCGCGCUUGUCGAGCUCGCGGGCGGGUAUCUUGAAGCCGCAGGUCUCGUAGGGCUCGGCGGCGACGAGGAGGUACUGGAAGUUCUUGUCGGCCUCCUCGACGCGCUGCGAGAAGGCGCUCAUGAUCUGCCACUUGGGCGUGAUGCCCUGCCCGAUGUCCGGGUACUGCAGCUGGAACAGCAGCCCCUGCUGCCGCGUGACGGGGUCCCGCACCUUGGUGAUCUUGUAACCCGGCCGCCCGAUCUUGACGACGUUGCGCCGCACCCCGCCGGCGCCCGCACCGCCGGCGCCCAGCCCCAGCGCGCCGAAGCCGGCGCCGACGACGCCCACGGGCAGGCCCGUCUGCGGGUCGACCUGGGCCUUGCCCUCCUUCUGCUCCUUGGCCGCGCGGCGGGCGAGGUUCGUCUGGUGCUUCUUGCCCUGCGUGUGGGCGAGGUAGCUGCCGUCGUUCUGGUGCACCGUCAGGCAGAGGCGGCACUCGAAGCUGCCGACGUGGUUCUUGAAGAAGUACGGGUCCUUGUCGAGGUCGAUGGUCUCGAGGGCGAGCUUCCGCAGCCGCUCGCGCCGGUCGGCGUUGGUGGCGCUGUGGGAAGCGACGCCUCCGCCGCCGAAUUUGGAGCCCGCUCGGUUCUGGUAGUCCAUUUUUCGCGGUCGGUGUGCUGGUGUCGGUCGCGAGGAUGGACUUGGUCAGGGUGGUGCGAGUUGUGUUGGGUCCGUCCUCGCGAC